AUGAGCAAAAUGGCUGAUGAUGAUCCGUGGUUAUUGAAGGAAGACGGCUAUUUAAAUGUGGAUACUGAGUGUAAAAGUAUAAUCUAUCAUGCUAAUCUAAAUGUGUUACUAAUUACUACUGGCAGUGCGCAAGUAUACGUAUUUGAUGUCAACUCAGGAGUAAUUUUGCAAAAAAGUUCUCUAUCCGGAAAAUUAAAUGGGAAACUUCAAGGUACAUAUUUAUCAAAUGGUGUAGAUAAAGUACUAUAUACGGAUGGAAGAGGAAUUGGAGUACGUAGUGACUAUAAUGGAGUACUCCUUUUGGACACACUUUUACAAACACCUGUUUCAAGAAGUGAAGAUAUUAUAAAAUUAGAAUUACUGUUUUCUGAAGCUACUUUGUUAUAUCAAUGUCUACGGUACAUAGAGCUACCAGGUGUAGAUCAUAUACAAGAAGUAAAAGAAGAAUUAAUAAAUAAAACUUUUAUAGUGGAAGCAAAUCAGAAAAAGGGAAUUAAAGCCCAAAAAUGGAAUACGGUAUGCCUGGAAUUGCCACAUGGUUCUCUGAAACUUGUGUGCUCAGGAUUAGUAACGGAAUUGAAAAGAUUAAACCAAUAUAUCCCAGCAUUGCCAAUUGCUUCUGCCAUUCAUGAACGAUUAAAUGGCCUAUUGCCAGGCUUGCCUUUAGAAGGAGGUCCUGCUGAUAAAGCAUUAAUGUUUAAUGAGGCAACACGUCGAGAUACCUUCUCAAAAUGGCCACACAUGAAUUACAAGUGGGCUUUACCCAAUAAAAUGGCUCAGGCUGGUUUUUAUCAUCAACCAAAUACGACAGGUGAUGAUAGGAUAAUGUGCUUUACGUGCAAUGUCUGCUUAGUUUGUUGGGAACCAACAGAUGAACCUUGGUCAGAACAUGAACGUCAUUCUCCAGCAUGUCCCUUUGUUAAAGGAGAAUAUACACAAAAUGUUCCUUUCUCAGUUAUUAUUGCCACUGCUCCUGCAAGGGAGGUUGGUGAUACUGUAGAUGUGAUCAGUACUACAAAUGUCAGUGGUCUUGUAGCUACAGCUUCUAGUGGUGGUUUUAUUAAUGUAUGGAAUGUAACAAAUCAAUUAAAGAGGGAGGUAUCAUUUUAUGUAGCUCCUAUAGACCAAGAAAUAAACAACAAAGAUUCUAUUCAGUUUGGUUCUACAAGAAAUUUGUCAUCAUAUUUAAGGACACUUAAUUCAGAAACAGACCCCCUUUCUGAAUAUAAGCAUCCAACUUCUCAUAAAGUACAGGUCACAGCAGUGUCUGUAGUAGGCUCUCCCAAAUCCCAAAACAGUGAAGUAAAAACGUCUGAAUCCAUGCUCUUACCUGAAGAGACAUCAGACUUCAAAAUCAGGCCAUGUGUAGUGUGUGCUGUUACUGUGACAGUUAGUAAUCCUUCACAGUUAAGGACUUUAGAAAAUGUGUGGGCUGCUUCGACAGAUUUAGCUUCAUCAUCAUCUCUUGUUCGUGCAAUGAACAGUGUAAAUAGUGCUGCCAGUGAUACUUUAGAUAUAAUGAAGGUAGCAGGUGAUAAGUAUACACCAUCAAGAUUGCACUAUUUGGUAUUUUAUGAUUUUCAUCAUAAAACUACAACAACACAACCAAUCAAAGAAGAUAAUACUAAAGACUCUAAGGCUAAAAAGACAUUGUGUGGAACAGGAACCAGUGCUAGUUCAAAUGGAGAACGUCAAGACAAUUUAUACCAAGAAUUUUUAGUUAGUAAAUUUUUUUAUGAAGUUCCAGUAAUAGAAGAUGUAGAUUCAGAUGUAGUUGGGCCACAUUUCGAUGGUAUUUUUCCAACAUCUACUCUUACUGCAUCAUCUUCCAAUGGAAUCUAUUCAAAUCCAAUUGGUAUUACAGUACCUCCAACAUCAAGUUCAUUUGAUGCUAAUUUUAAUUCUAUUAAUGGUCCAGAGCACUUUGCAUCAACAUCUGAUUUGACAACUGUGAACAAGAAGAGUUUGGAUAUUAUGAAAAUGACAAAGACUGAACCAGUUGUUGUAAAAACUUUACCUAUUGAAGCCCCAGAUUUUAUUAAAAUUACACACAUUGAGCCAUCUAAGGAUGGAAGACAUUUAUAUGUUGCUAUGUGUCCAACAGCAGAUAACACAGAUACAUUGAUUUCCAAUAAUAAUCAGAUGGACAUUGAUGAAGAUAGUGAAUUUUUCCCUCAAAAAGGUUACAUGUAUUGGGACCAUAAUGAUACACAGUCUGAUAGACUAAUAAAUGGUAAAAUACAUGAUGAUCCAAAUAAUGUGAAUACUAUACUACUUGUAUAUGCUCUGGAUUUUUCUGGGCAAGUGGUGAAGGUGUUUUCUGAACCAGUAGCAAAACGAGAGCUACCAGCAGAUCAAGCACCUGUUGAGCAUGUAUUUUUACCUCUUCAAGAAAACAAUAAGUGUACACUAUCUUUUGAAAAUUCUAGUAAGGGUUCUACUACUAAUUCAAGUGCAUCAGAACCUGUUGGACAAGUGGCUGUAGUAUGCAAAGAUGGUGUUAUCAGAAUAUUAAAUUUAAAUACAUUAAAAACUGUUACUGAAGCAAGAGUAGAAGGGAAAAAGUUUGUUUCUGCAACCUAUUGUAAUAGUGUAGAGAGAUUGUGUGCUUGUACAAGUGAUGGUGCACUUCACUUUUUUAUUACUACAGAUGAAGAAGAUUCUGCAGAAGAACAGGAAGAUACUGAAGAUAUUAAUAUGAUGUCAACAGAAGAAAGCAGUAAUAAAAGUAUAAUUCCUAGCACAUCAACAUCAAACACUUUUCAAGAUCAGUUAAUUGCGCACAAAUUAAAUUUUUCAUAUUCGGAUUUACGUGCUCUGUAUGAGUUGACACGAUUCGAUCAUUAUUCUCCUGCAUACGGUGCUACCGUUCCCCCUUGUUGGAAUGAAAUGAUGCAAGCUCAAAAACAGCGUCGUCAUCCCCAACAUUUUCAUCAAUCAGAAGAUCAGCAUCAUACUCGAACGUGGCGUUUACAUAAUGAACGGACCACUUGGGAUGAACACAUAUUUGAAUUGACUCUUCCUCGAAGUACAGCAGGAAAUGUUGGUCAUGUGGAUGUUCGAUAUAGUUUGCAUCCAAUUUGUCAAGAAUUACCAGCAAUUCAAAUUACUCUACUAAAACAGAAUAUGAAUAGGAUUGGAUAUCACGAGCCUUUAUUAACUCCUGUGGAUGAAAGAAUAGAUUUUAAUAUUGGUAGUGAGCAGAAGGGAGAAAAUCCUGUAAUCACAGAAGAGUUUCAACGGCAACAUGAUACAGAAAUUUUAUGUGGACCGAUCGAUUUACAUCACAGUUUAGACUUGUCUUGGCGAUCUGGUUGUAUUACACUGACUAGUCCAAAACUGUUUCGAUCUAAAGCUAGAACGCUUCUUGUUCAUAUUAAGGCUCUAAUUGACCCUACGAAAGAUAGCACAACGUCAAAAUCGAAAACGAAUUCAUCAGACAACAAACCUCCUACAUCUAAAAAGUUACGAAUAGUCGAGGUACGUCGAUUUGUAGAAUCGCAAAUAGGUGCAAAUAGUAAGAAAUUGGAUGGUUACAUUGGUUGCGAUUGCAUUUUUGAAAUAUCAAUUACUGUUCGGACGGUAUAUCCAACUAACAUACCAAAUGAAAAAGCACAACGAUGUGCGAUGUUAGAGUCUCAUAGUUGUUUUGACAAUUUGCUAAGUGUAGCUUGUUUGGAGACAUCUGACAAGUCUCCCAUUGCACAAUCACUUGCAUUAGAUAUUCUUGUAUGGAUAGCCUCUAUUAGACUAACGAGGCUACGUAGCAGUCAAAACAAUGCCGAAAUAAAAACUUUUCAGUUGGAAACAAUUCGUUCAGUGCAAGCACGGCUAUCUAGUUUAUUAAGAACUUGCCUUUUGCAUGCUGGUCGAAGUAUAGCGCACAAGUGUAUAAAAUUAAUUAUGCUUUGCAACAUUGAUUUUUAUAAUUUAGAUGAUCCUCCAUCUCAUUCUUUCGACGAAGCUUUGGUAUCUGUUUUGGCAUCGUUGUUACCAUCGAUAGUGGAGAUCGAAUGGGCUGGCUCAUUGCGAUGGUUACGAUUAUUAAUUAAUAGAAUGUUAGUGCGAGAUAGAAAUCACAGCAUUGCUCGACAAUGUAUUUCUCUAAUACAACAAAUUGCUGCUGAAAUAUCCGAUCGAGUAAACCCUUAUCAUUUAUUACUCGCUACGAGAUUUGGAUUAUAUAAUUCUCCAUUUGAGACCGAACUUUUCGACUUAGAAUCGCCGAUGCCCCCGAAGUACAGUCCGAUACAUCCCACAUAUGUGUCAGCUGCAGCUAAUGAACAAACGGGACCGUCAAUUGCUUCAUCAAGUUCCAUGUAUUCUCAGGAUGCUAUUGAUUUGAGGGACCUACUUACACUGCCUACACAUCCAGCUAGUGAAUUUGUGGUGUCUAGCAAGUUAAAGGCUUUAUGUGCUAAUCACAAUAUGAAAGGACUACUAGAGGUUGAACCUCUUCACUUUACUUGUCUCGCUGCUUCCGACGGUACAAAAAUGGAAAAAAUUGAUCCGUGUACGAGUACGAAUAAUGUUGGAGCUGCUCUUUAUGAUAAUACUGCUACGAACAACAACGGCGUAUCUGACAUCAAAACCAUUCAUCAGACUUACAACUUGGGUGCUGGAUUGCUAGGAUCUAAACCAACUCCUAUGUUAAGCGAUCUACUUAGUCUAUGUACAGGAAGAAUGUUAAAGAAGCCAGCUCCACAACUGUUAUUCACACCUGAUGAUCAAUCAGACUGUGACGAAGCUAACGAUAUGUCUGUGAACAAUCAGACAUGGCAUAAUGCACAAAGUGAUAUGCCUAAUUCACAUAUAUUAAGUUCUACUGUAACGAAAGAAAAAUCGUCUGUACAAAAUAUCAAUACUACUGUAAACAAAGUUGAAGGCAACAAUCCUAAAAAGCGAAAAGAUGUUACAUUUCCUUGGGCAAGAUUGCUAUGUUGGCCACCUCAACAAGCAUUGGUGGUCGAUCGAAUGCAUUCUGGUGCACGCCGUUUUGUCAUUCUCGAUUUUGGAUCACCUGUAUUACUCACGGACUUGAUUAUUCCUUGCUGCAGUGACUUAGCAUCAUUGUGCAUAGAUAUCUGGACAAAAAGAGAGGAAGUUGAUGGUACGCGACUCAUUGUCGCCGGUGAUAUUGGAAAUAGAUCGUUGGUUGUAUGUGAUUUGCAACCACCACCUGUGUGUAGAUAUUUAAAGAUUACGAUCAUAGGUCGGUAUGGAAUGUCUCCUACUAUGUGUAAAAUUCCAUUAGGAAUUUUUUAUGGACAUAUGAUGAUUUUACCUGGAGAAGAUUACGCAGAAGUAAAUAGUAGUUCAUCAGUCUUUGACAGCACUUUAAAUUCUACUGUACAAGCAACCAUUAAUACACAAUGCAAUAUUUUGUCAGCUCUUGCGGAAGAUGUACAGUGCAGAUUUAGCCUAGCUACUGAAAAAUUGAAAAGCCUAUUGGACCCAUUAUUGUGUUCAGAAACUACUAAUGUAAUGCACAUGCAGCAUUACCUUUCUUUUAGUAAAAUAUCGAAUGAAAAUAAAGAACAACCAUCUGCAAAAAUAUUGGCUACUUAUCAAGAAUGCAUAAUGUUUCAACAUCAAUUAAAUGUUGUGCGUGGUGUAUGGAGAAGAUUAGAAUCGUGGAAAGGUUCUCAAACAAUACCAACAACGUCAUUAGCAAAUGCACCUACCGAUAAAUUACGAGCUCUCGGAGAAACUUUACUCGAUAUUCUUUUAUUGGCGGUAUAUGAAAUUGGUCACAUACCCAGAGUACCAUUAACGAUAUUCAAUGUUUUCACACCAACCGUUUGUGAAAAAUUUUUCCAUUCGAUUUGUGUCGUUACACCAGCGCCACGUUUACAAUUGCAAGCUGUUGCACUUUUAACACGUAUGGCCGGACAUCAACCUUGGUGGGGUAAUUUCUUGUCUAACGUUUUAACUAAUCUCUAUUCGUCGUCGUCUACGCACAUAUUUCCACAAGACAGAGUAUUUAUAUUACUAACGCUCCUUGGGCGUAAAUCAUUAAUUGCUGGAGUAAACAGAUCUUCUGUGAUAGACGCGAUGGUUCGCACGUUAGGCAAAUUAUUGGCACCACUAUCAAGCGCCCAAACAUCUGAUCAAUCCAAUAAUUUAGAUCUAACACUUAUUGGAUGGGUACUUCUUUUCUUGUCAGUGUGUUUAGAUACUGUAGCUACCCUGCCUUCUUGUUUAGAAGGGAAUAAUGAAAAGAAUAUAGAACAAGGUUUAUUAUCUCGUUGGGAGUUUAUUCAAGGAGAAUCUGCGAUGCAAAGAAAAUACGGGAGUGCCAGUCGUUCUACAGCUUCUUGUAGUUUCCACAAAAAAUUACAGAAGCAUAUAAUGCAUCACAAACAAAAGCUUCAAGAGUUGCAGCAGGCACAGAGAAUAUUUCAAACGUCAUCACAGAGCUGGGUUAAUAUUCCUUCGCAUACGGCUUCGUCGUAUGCAAAUAAAAUGGAAGCAUUCUUAAAAACGGGGGAGCGAUUUUUCAAAAAGACAUUGAAACAAAAUUCUGCAAAACAUUUCAAAGAUAUUCUCAGUGUUCGUAAAACUGACGCGAGUCACACUUCACGAGGUUCUCAAUCGCAGGCAAACACAAGUUCAAGCAAAUCAGAAGCACCGGAUCUGGAGGUUGAAUACAUAUCCAACUUGUCACAUCAACAUGUUUUGCCAGUAGCACGUGGGCUUAUCGCUCUAAUUUUGCAUAAUUCUUCUAAUGUGGAUAUGUUCCUAUUAGCUUGCAAGGUAGUCGCUAGGCUAGUGAUAUCUACACGUCCUGCAAUUAGCUUGUGCGAGCUUCUGAACGAAGAACAGCUCUUAAAAUUAGUCAGAUUGGCAACGGGUACCUCUGAUGCUGCAUGGUCUUCGCAUGCGGUCUCGUGCCUGUUGCAGGAUUUAUUACAAGGCGGAAAAUUACUUUCAAAAACGUGUUCCACUCAUGAAGGAAGUCCUUCGGAAGAAAAUUUUGAAUCACUUGUUACGGAGAAGAGUCGAACACCGGAAGAAGAAUACGCCAGUGUUGCUGAAACAAGCAGUACUGCUGUUCCACUUGGUAAUGAUGAAGGAUUUGCAGAAGGUGAAGGAGAAGAAGAUGCUCAAGAUAGUAUAGUGGUACCAUCGGCAACAGCUUCAACAUCAAAGUCUAAUGGAUUUUUACCAUCUCUUUUGGAAUCUGAUGACAGUGAACUAGAAGAUUUCUUAGACGAUAUUUUAGAACGUGGUAGAAAUAUGUUGAAGAAAGGCCAUCCAUUACCUAAGAAUCUGGGCAUGCUAGGUAUUUCUUUGGCAAUGGAUGCAAGAUUAGAAUACGGAGUGGAAAUGGGAAUAGAGAUAUCACUGAGGAUAUUGCCCAUGUUCAGCAUGUUUAAUUUACCAUAUAGCAUAAGUACCACAAUACAUGUCCCAUCAGAGACAAAUCGAUAUCCGCAACCAUCGACAUCGAAACCUGAAACUAGUUGGAACGAAAGAAGUCAAGAUGUUUGGAGCUCACCCCACGCGACUACUUUCAGCUUAAUAAUGUUAACAUUAUGUUUUGACAAAAUAUUCACAGAAUUAUAUUUACAGAAUGCGGGAACAAAUCUAGAACUUAUUCUCCAGCUUUGGUUGACACUGAAUUUAGAUGCUUCUUCGGAACAGUCUAGUUCAUCAAAUCAGUUUGAUCCUUCAUUGUCACCUGUUAUUCCAUUGAGUUCAACAGCUAUUUCAAACCUUAUAUCUGCAUUAUCCUGGCAUCCAGGAGUUUCUUUGCGAGCUUGGUGUCUUGCUCUACAAUGUUUGACUUUAGCAAGUAAUCAACCAUUACUGGCAGAUUCUGCAGAAGCUGCAAACAGUAGACAACCAUUAGAUGGUCUUUUGGGUGGUAUGGCUGGGUGUAUUGUAAAGGAACGCAAUAUGGGUCCUAUGCUUUUGCGUUUACUUUCGGGUAGCGGAUUAAAUGUUAAUGCUAUGGAUAAGCAAUACAUUAUGGCUGGACCUACUGUUUGUCAAGCGCUACAAGAUUUUCUAGUUAGAUUGAAGAUGAGAUGCGAUGUAAAUACUCCUGGUAGCUCUUUGGGAAAUGCGUUAAAGGAACUUUUACUAUGGGUGAUAUAUCAACUUGUACAACCUGGCGGAGCUCUUUCCGCAAGAAGAGGACCUUUAGACGCACAGUACAAACUUAUAACAUCAUUGACAAAUUUGAAUUUUACCAAUACCGACUUAGGGACUGCAAUGAGUAUAACGGAAUGUGUCGGAGUAUUAGUUUCCACUUACGUUAGAGGUUCUGGAGUAGGAGCUCAGUGCGGCGGUAGCGUUGAUUCAGCAAAUUCAUCUGGUGGAUUUGGUGGUUUAUUUGCUUGCGUAUUUGGUGGAGAUACAAGACAAGGUCGGCCAGCUUCCUGGGAUACUUUAGUCGUAGCUCUAAUUAAAUUAGUAUGCCGACUUAUUCAAACUCCUUUACCAGAGACUUGCGCUGGUCGAUUCGACAGCACAAUGAGAAUCGAUCUUUCUGAGACAAAUCUCGAUACAGUAGCUGAUAUGAAUGAUACUCAAAUGAAGGUAAAUAUUUCACAAACGGAUGAAAGUAAAGUUGCAGAACAACAAUCUUCAUCCCGUUUACAACAAUGUACGUCUAAUAAACCUCGUGUACGAUGUGUGGCGGACACUGUUUUGCAACACGAACCUACUAUGAUGCGAUUGCUAGGAGCUCUUGGCCGAAGCACUGGCUCAUCUUUAGCUAUGCUAUUAGGCGAGAGUGCUGGAGCAGGAACAACGACUGAACUUGGUGAUCCUGCUUCGAUACCGGACGCCACAUUUCAACUUUUGACCACUCUUACUAAAAAAGCAAGCAAUCGCACUUUAGUCCUCAAUCCGCUUCAUCAAUAUCUUUCUUCUUCUUGUGGACAAAGAGAAUUGGAUCAUCAACUGGAUGUUAUGCAACUGUCUGAGCCCCUCCUUUGGUACAUCUUAAGGGUUCUAGACAACGAAGUAUCACUGGCAAUGUUCACGGCGAUGGGUGGUGUAAAAGUACUUUGUGAAAACUUAGUGAAAUCAAGUAACAGUGGCAAUGCGAACUCUGCUUCACCUGGUGUAAUUGCGUUGGUAAUGGAACAUCUUUCGAAUGCUCCUAACGUUAUACCAGUGGCUUCCUCAAGUAGUAAAAAGUCCAUGAAUACGUUAGAGUCUUACGAGGAUGGAUUACUAAAUUUUGCCCCUUUGGGAACAAUAUCUUGGUUAAAUCCUACAGCGCAAUCAGCAGAUGUUCUCAUACAAAAUUCUACACCUCACAAACGAGCUAGGACAGCUGCGUGGUUGUAUCAUUGUUAUCCUGACGAAGCAUGGGUUGAUCUUACGAUCACUUUACCUUGUGCUAUAUUAUUAAGAAAAGUAGAGUUGCAACCACAUCUUACGGCUUUAGCUACGUGUCCGUCAGCUGUAGCUAUUGAAGUUUCGAGAGAAAGCAAUAGUCCCCUAACACCUGUUUGUCCACCAAUGCCAACGGCAGGCUUGACAUUUAUACGUAUCACUUUAUCUCAACCAGAAGUGGCAACAUCUGUACUUGUGCGACUGUACAAACCUCGCGAUUCAAUAAGCAUAAGUUUAAGCCAGAUCAAGUUAUUAGGUACAACAGCAUUUGGCGAAAUAAAAAGCAGUCAUGAUACGAUAGAUGAAGAACAACUUACUAAAACAAGCUUGGGUUGGUUGCGAUUACUGCAUCAGUGUCUAUCCGUGAGCACAUUGAACAGCAAUCUCGCUGUUAAGGUGCUUAAUUCUGCCGCUUCAGUUGAAGGACUGGUUGAGGCAUGUUGUAAUCUUCUAUUACUCCCAGCACCGUCUCUUUUUACUCCCAAUCUGGAAAGGGUUCUGUUGCAAUUAGGCUUACAUUCUCAAGAACUUGGACUUCGUCUCAUUGGUCUCUUACUCAACAACAGGUCUACUUCUUUCUUCCAAGGUGCCGCAACUACGCAAGAAACAUCGACUGUUCAAUUGGUUGUUGAACUGCUUCAACAGCUAUGCUCCAUUCAAGAUUCUUGCACGGAAGCUCGUAUGACCGCGGUGCUUUCAUGGCUCCAUGCAUCUGCCGUGAAUGGAAUUGCUCGGCGCCGUAAUGGUCCUAACGCUAUUAAUCCACCUGCUGUAUAUAUUCAUUGUGUGUCUUCCAUUAUCUGGGAAGCCCACCAACAACAAAACCUUAAUUAUGAUUUGCAAGCCUUAUUAACCGAUGAACUUUUUAAUGCUCUAUAUCAGUGGACCUUAACUUUGGGAACUGGGUCAGCUUUGAAGCAGGCAAUUGAUUCUGCCCUUUGUGCAUUUUGCUACGUUAGACCUACAUUGUUCCCUUUACUUCUUCAACGAGUACAAAUCUUGGUACCCAAUAUGGCGACGGAUCAUUCUGCAUCUAUAUCGGAUGAUCGUAAAGAAAGGGAAGGACAAACAGACGACAAAAAGAGUGAAUUCAAUGGCGAAGAAUGGUACUGUCGUUACGUGCUAUCAGAGUACAAGCGAUUAAAUUUAACAGAAGGGCAGUUGCUUACGGUAGCUGCGGCCGCUCGGUCUCCACCAGGUAUUCAGCAACUUAUUGAUUCCGGACUUCCUACUUUGUUGACGGUGUUAAUUACCGAUUUUUGUAAUUUGGAAAAUACACGACGAGAGCAACCGCAAAGUAGAAGAAUGUCCACGGAGGAGAGUUAUCAGAGUACCAGUAUGGGAGGUUUAACAGACAACGAUAAAGCUGGUGAAACAUCCAUGGAAACAAGUGAUAUUCACUUUGGUGGAUUAUGUAUGACGGAGCCAGAAAGUAUAGCGAUAGUGUUGGAAUUUUUAACACUUGUGUGCUCAGAAGGUAGAAUGCGCGAUUGGCUUGGAAAAGAAGGACGUGGUUUCUGGUUGGCCCUCCUUUCCCUUCUUAGCAAUCGACCUAUAGAAAAUCCAUCUUUGUCUUCUUUAAGGUGUUCAAAAACAGGCACUUCGUAUGCGUCACUAGAGAGCGCGAUGAUUAAAUUUUUAUCUAGGUGUUGUUGGUGCCAUCUCGAGAACCAGAGGUUAUUAGCUGAAUUAUUGACCGAUGUUAUUUCUCAACAACGAACAACUUCCAAUAUGCGUUAUCUUCAUGGUAUUUCGGGUUUCACAAGACGAUUGAUAUUGCAAUUAUUACUGGAAGGUGAAAAAGUAUUAGUAUCCGUAACUUCUGAUGCACCUAUGAAAGUUUCAAAUACAGUGGCCAACUAUAGUAUGCUGUCUAUGCCGCCACAUCCAGCUCAUCCACUUGGUCAUUACCAUCAAUUAUUGUACAUGUCUACGCAAUCAACCGUGGCGGAUAUAUUGCAGCAAGUAUCUGGUACUUGGCUUUUUCUCUUGUUGCCGAAUACGUAUAAAGGUAGCGAAACUGGAUCGACUAAUAAUCGGUCCAGAGAGCUUUGGGAGUCUGGUAUGGCCUUUAUAGUAGAUACUCUUAGCGUAGCUGCGGGAAAUACAGCAAAAGAUAAAAGGGCUAAAGAAGCGUCUAAUAGAUCGCAAGCUCGUGGUCCCGUCGUUAGAAAGUCGCGAACUAAUUCUGACGGCGCGGCGAGUACGAGCAAAACAUCAAGCGAUAACGUUCAGCAGAGUUCUACCAAUUCUACGAAUCAACAGUAUUUGAUACAUUCAUCACGUCCAAAUACUCCCUUACCACCACAAUUGACCAUUGCUCAGCUGUUAGCUAUUGCUGAAGAUAGCGGUAUAUCCCUAUCGGAACCUUGUUUGCAUCUUAUAUUACGUCAGCGUAAUAAAGAUUCGAAAGAGGAUAUAACGAAACAAAACGACAGCGAGUUACUAAAUUACAGAAGCAUAGAAAGUUCAUUAGGCGUGUUCAGUGCCGGCGGUGGCUUGGCAGUGCUAGCCCGGCAUUUACCACUAGUGUACCCAGAUUCCAAACCACCAUCUGCUACGUUGCCUUCACCGGAGCAAACGUACGAGGAAGAGUGGGUGAAGCUAGAAAUCAACGGCGACGCUUGCGAGGUUGUAGAAGAAGGUGGAAGCAAUUGUUCGCCGCAGACAUCGUCUCCGUCUCCUUACGUACCGCCGCACUCCCUUGCUGCCUUUGGUCUGUUCCUCAGGCUACCUGGAUACGCGGAAGUGUUGCUAAGAGAUCGAAAACGCGCACAGUGUUUGUUACGUCUUGCUUUAGGCGUCUCAGACGACGGUGAAGGCGGAGAUCUUUUAACAUCACCGCUGGCUGCGGUGCUACCAACCUUGCCAUUCCAAGUUUUGAAGCAAUUACUCGAUGCUACGCCUGCGACCACCGAUGAUGGCCUUCUUCUUCGCAAAACGACCAUCGAAGUCGGUGCCAUGCUUUUGUUACUGAAUUGUCUGGCCGUAUUCACGCAUCAGACGAAUCAGAACGAGAACACCGAGCCAAAAUUGGCCGGUAUUCAGGGCGACGCAGGUCGUAGCGAUGAUAAUUCGCAUUUGUACUGGGCAAAGGGUACUGGAUUCGGCACUGGUUCCACCCAGCAGGCGUGGAACGUCGAGCAAGCUCUGAUGCGUCAGAGAUCCGAAGAAGAACACGUUACAGUAUUAUUGCAAGUGUUAGCGAGCUACAUUGGUUCCGGUGGACAGACGCAAAGAGAACUGCCAAUCUCUUUCCCAGAUCUACUUGCUCGAUCGUGUCUACUGCCAGCCUUGUCUUCGUAUUUGAGAAAUGACUCAGUGUUGGACAUGGCGAGGCAUAUUCCUCUGUAUCGGGCGGUGUUGCAAUUGCUCAGAGCUAUGGCUCUCUCAAAUCAAUUGGCUCCGCUUCUGUUACCCAGAGGCGGCAUAAAAUCCGGUGAAUCGUCGGUCGUGUCGCUUUUAUCUAGUAUGAAGGUUUGCGUCGACACGUAUGUUCACAAGAUCAAUCGUACCAGGAGUAACAAAUCAAAGACGCUGUUCAAAUAUCCAGAUGACACAGAGCAGGACGAAGGUUUAGCAACGUUGAUUCCUGACAUUCAAGAAAGUGCUACUAUAGUGCAAAAUGCUACCUCCAGAUUGUCUGGAAUGGAGGAAGAUCUACCUGGUCCUAGUCCUACGGCUCCAGAGUUACCUCUGCGUUCCAUCGAACAACGAUACAUAGAAGUUAUGAAAAAUUUACAAUUUGAUACGUAUGAAAUGAUUACCGAGAAUCCAGAAGCUGGCGGUGGAUACAAGUUCGCUGUUUCGUAUCAUUUUGAGUCCAAUAUGAGGGCAGCUGGAGAAAGAAGUCAUCCCACAAGGGUCAAGAGACUAGCACAGGAAGCUGUCACGCUGUCCACGGCGUUACCCUUGUCCUACAGCAGCAGCGUUUUCGUUAGGUGUGAUGCGGAUAGGCUAGACGUAAUGAAGGUACUCAUAACAGGGCCAGCAGACACACCGUACGCGAACGGAUGCUUCGAGUUUGACGUGUAUUUUCCUCCGGACUAUCCAAAUAGUCCAAUGUUAAUAAAUUUAGAAACUACUGGUCGUCAUACAGUCCGAUUCAAUCCAAAUUUGUACAACGAUGGAAAAGUCUGCUUGAGCGUAUUGAAUACAUGGCACGGACGUCCUGAGGAAAAGUGGAAUGCACACACUAGUAGUUUCCUACAGGUCUUAGUAUCGAUACAAUCGCUGAUCUUGGUAUCAGAGCCUUAUUUCAACGAACCAGGAUACGAACGGUCACGAGGUACGACGAACGGAGCUCAAUCUAGUCAAGAGUACAACGCGAACAUUUGUCAGGCCACUGCUAAGUGGGCGAUGCUCGAUCAAAUUCGCAAUCCAUGCCCUUGUUUCAAAGAGGUAAACACAUCGAGCUUCAGAACGACGUAUUACCGUGAUACUUUGAAUAUAUUUCAGAGACAUUAUAGAUUGUUGAGGGAAGAGUUGAGUAAACUACCGACCCCUGAAGGCUUAGAAGAUUUGGUCGAACCACUCGGGUCUCCAGGCUCGCCCAUUGAACAGACUGCCACCCCAGGUACCCCGAGCACACCACCAACGUCGGCGGUUCCCCCAGCGAGCACACUUUCCGCGGCAAUCAGUAACUCCGUUGAAUCCAUGAGCAACGCCAGUGCUAGCAAUCAUGUACACCACGAUAUCGACACGGACGUUGAGAUGGAGAAGAUGGUUUCGAAAGUGUGUGAAUAGCUAAAGGAUGUUAAUAGACAUUGUUGGACAUUUUGAAAAGUCUAUAUUGUUUGUGUUAUGACGGACAAACUAACGGACUGACCGAUGGUGAAAGGAAAUCCUAGUAUGUGGUCAAAUUUCAGUUGAUUGACGGAUGAUUAGGUGAAUGAAAAGGAGAUCACUUGUAUCCUUUCGUUGAACACAUGACGAUAUCGAUAAGAACGAAGAGAAUCCGAAGGAACGAACAGAAAAAUAAUACGUAUGCGUGCGUGUGUAUGCGUGUGUGUUGUAUGUAUGGAUGAGAGGUUCGUUAACAAAAAGAAAAAAAAACAAUAAAAAUGAAAAAAGAAUAAAAAAAAAAUAACAUUGAGAUAAUAAACUAUGGAAUGAAAUAUGUGUAAAGAGACAAAAAAAAAAAAA